AUGUCCAACUCAACACCAGUUCGCUGUAGGACAAUUGAGAACGUCGAUCUUCCGGCACCCGCGACCAAGUUGAUCAUCACGCAACAUCUGAAGGCUUCGCGAGACUCCCCUUAUUGGGCUUGGAUCAUUGUCGGUGCCUUUUACGACAGCAACAACAACGUUCUCUGGAGCACAGAGGUCUUCGCUGGUCGUUUGGAAAUUGACUCUGACUCUGACGAGGAGACUGUUGAUAGUGAGAGUGAGAGUGAGAGCGGUUCAUCAGAGGCAGCGAGCGACACUGAGGAUACAUCUUCAGACAUCUAUCCUCCCUACCAACGCCCUGUUAACCCUUUCAACUAUUAUCAAAACGAAAUUUCGCAGCCUCAGCAAUCGUAUCCUCACUGGUACCAAAGCUCACCAUACAGCGUACCACCUCAAACUUGGGACCCAAGCCGUCAGGGACCUGUACCUGGUUACUGGAACGCUUCGUUCGACCCGAACCUUCGUCGUUGGGUGCAUACCUGGCAGCCUCUUUGUUGA